CGGUGACAGGGACACCAAGGAUCCACCACCCAGGCUGGGGACUCCAGGAAGGGACAUCCCCUCUCCACCUACUGCCAUGAUGUCCUCGUCCCCUGCCAAUGCUUCGUCCCCCCUGAACGCCACAUCUGCCCCCAUCCCUGGCGCGGCAGUGGGGCUGGCCCUGCUGUCGGUGGCGGUGGUGGUGGGGCUGCCGGGCAACGCCAUGGUCCUUUGGAGCUGCGCCGUCACCCAUCGUCGCAGUGUCCCCGUCCUCCUCAUCUUCCACUUGGCCUUGGCUGACGUGGUCACCCUCCUCACUGGUCCCAUCUACCUCCGGGCCUUGAGCGUUGGCCAAUGGAACAUGGGCUUGGCCAUCUGCCGCGGGUGUAACUACCUCUGUGCCGCUGCCAUGUACGUCAGCAUCUUCCUCAUUGCUCUUCUGGGUCUCCAUCGGUGCUUGGCAGUCUCCAAGCCAGCAACAGCAGUGGUGUCGGCGGGUGGUCAUGCCGGACAGUUAGCUCAUGGAGCAGCGGCAGUAACUUGGUUGGUGGCUUUGGUGUUGGCCAUCCCAUCCAUUGUCUUCCGACGGGUGGAGCAUGGGCACUGCCAGCGGGUGCACAGCACGGAGGCUUGGUUGGUGGUCCACAACCUUCUGGAGACCAUCUUGGGUUGGGCUCUACCACUGACCGCCGUGGCUGCCGGCUACGGGUUACUGAUCCGCCGGUUACGCCAGACCCGGUUGGCCCGGCGCAGUCGUACCUUCCGGCUGGUGGCUGCCGUGGUGGUAGCCUUUGCAGUUGCGUGGGGACCUUACCACCUGGCCAGCUUGUUGGAGGUGGCAGUGGUCGUACGAGGAGGUGGUGGGACCUUGGAGGUAGCUGCCAAAGCCAUCCGGCCACCGGCCACUGCCUUGGCCUUCCUCAGCAGUGCCAUGAACCCCCUCCUCUAUGCCUGUGCCGGGCGGAGGCUGUGCCGCGGCAGCGGGGGGUCUCUCCUGCCCCGACUCCUGGAGGUCUCGGCCAUCGCCGGCAGCUCCCGAGGGACCACAACCAAGCUGGUGCUGGUGGCACCUCGGCUUGUGGCCCUGGGGACCCCCGUGGGGCUGCUGGUGGCGGCCGUGGGGCCAGUGAUGGGGACAGUGACAGCCUGGCCUGGGGAGGGCGACCGUGGGGCAGGACCCUGCGCCCCCCCGGUCCCCUUCGACCUCGGGACCCACAACGACUUCAGCCAGAUCCUGAACAUCGAGGUGACCCCAGAGCAGGCCAAGCACUGUGGGGCACUGGAGGCCACCAUGGGGCAGACGCUGCUGCUGGAGGCCCGGAGCCCCCCCCUGCCCCCCCAGAGGCUGCGUGUGGGGCUGGGGGGGCCCCGGGGGGUGCUCCUGCUCCAGACAGACAAACCCCUCUACGCCCCCCGGCAGACUGUGCGUUUCCGCAUCUUCUCACUGGACCCCGAUCUGCGGCCGAACCCCGAACCCAUCCUGAUCACCAUCACGAAUCCCCUGGGGGCACGGGUGCGGGAGGGGCAGCGGGUGCCCCAGGGGAUGGUGCUGAGUGACCAGAUGGUGCUGCCAGACAUCGCCCUGUGA